AUGAACCGUCUCGUGAAGGAAACGGCUGUACGAUUGCGGACAGGACCCACAUUCGCUGUUCCCCCUACGAUGCUACGAAGUCGACCUGCGGAAGAGAGAGAAUGGGCCGGAUGGACACCGAUGGAGGCGCAAACCUGGAAGACGGGCGGAUGUCUUACGGCUCCCCCGGGUACUUUGGCAAGGCACUGGGAGAGUCGGAAGGCAUUCGUCCAAGCACCCUGGCAAGCGCCACCAGAAGUGAUCAUCGAGGACAGAGAAGUCGCAGUAAGAAGCCACGACCAGAUUGUAUCCAAAGACCCAAGAGCAAGACCCUGGAUUCUCUACACUGAUGGUAGUGGGGUCGAAGGGAAAAUCGGAGCAGCAGCCGUGGAUCUCCAGAAUCACCAUACCCAUAGCCAAAUGGGGGAUGAUGACACGUCCACUGUGUAUGCUGCUGAACUUCGCGGCAUCGAGAUGGCACUCAAUUCAACCCUGGAAAGCACGGCACCAUGGGUGACACAGGUGAAAAACGGACUUGUCAUCUUCGCGGAUAGCCAAGCGGCAUUGAAGGCGCUUCGCCAACCACGAAUGCCAUCGGGACAGGUCUAUCUGGAAGGGUGCCUUGACCUGAUAAGGCGACACGCCGCUAACGGUAUCCGAACUGAGCUCAGGUGGAUACCUGCUCACCAGGGAGUGGCUGGCAAUGAACUUGUCGAUCGACAUGCAAAGGAGGCGGCCCUGGAACCGCAAGGACCACAGAAGCCAGACAAUCGGUAUAUCCGUCUCGCUGCUGCGGCUAAACGCCGUAUUCGCCGCGAGGCGAAAGCCGACUGGGAAAGAUCAUGGCUCACAGAGAAAACAAGCCGGCCGACGAAACGCCUGAUCGAACUACCAACUAAGAAGACCCUGGAAUACUGGUCCGACCUCCGGAAGGCCACGGCAUCAAUUCUGAUGCAGCUUCGCACUGGGCGAAUUGGUCUUGCUGCUUACUUAUAUCGCAUCAACCGGCGCGAGUCAGCGAGAUGUAGUUGCGAUCUGGGAAACCAGACGGUCAGCCACAUCUUGCUUGAAUGCCCGCUGCUCCAGGACGAGCGCAACUGGAUGAGAAACUCCUUGUCGGACCGUGGAGUCGCUCUUCGACUCGACUUGCUCCUAGCGCGGCCAGAGGCCCGCGCGAUUGUGGCCGAAUUCAUGAUAGGGACAAAUCUCUUGGAACAGUUCCGAGCAGUCGACCCAAUGGCUCUCGGGGUGGAAGAAAGCGACGAAAAAGAAUGA